AUGGAGAUGUUACUUGGUGGACAAGCAACCAAAGGAGCUCUUCGAUCAAAGACGAAGAUUGUUUGUACUCUUGGACCGGCAUCAAGAUCGGUGGAGAUGAUUGAGAAGCUACUCAAGGCCGGUAUGAACGUAGCCCGGUUCAAUUUCUCCCAUGGUUCUCACUCGUACCAUCAGGAAACUCUCGAUAAUCUCCGAACCGCCGUGGACAACACUGGUAUUCUCUGCGCUGUCAUGCUCGACACAAAGGGUCCUGAGAUUCGAACCGGGUUUCUCAAAGAAGGCAAACCGGUACAGCUAAAGCAAGGUCAAGAGAUCACAAUCUCAACUGACUACAACAUAGAAGGCGACUCAAACCUUAUCUCCAUGAGCUACAAGAAACUUGCAGAGGAUCUCAAACCCGGUGAUGUGGUUCUUUGUUCAGACGGCACAAUCUCUAUGACUGUCUUGUCCUGUGACAAGACUCUCGGUCUUGUCCGUUGCCGAUGCGAGAACUCUGCGAUUCUUGGAGAAAGAAAAAACGUUAACCUCCCUGGAAUUGUGGUUGAUCUCCCAACACUCACUGCGAAAGACAAAGAGGACAUUAUGCAAUGGGGAGUUCCCAACAAAAUCGACAUCAUCGCUCUUUCUUUUGUUCGUAAAGGAUCUGACCNCGUGACCUCGAUCAUAAUGUUCAUCAAGCAAACUCACAAUUUCCUCGUCUCUUUGAAACUCUCUUUUAAUCUUUUCUCUGCGAUCUGA